CAUGCGCUUCAGGUGCUCGGAGCUCCGCACAUGAAUCAGCGCGCAGAGCUCUUUUAAAACCUUCCUCAGUCCCACCAAAGCCGAUGUCCAGUGCAUGCGUCUCAAUACACGAGCUCGUGCCUUUACAAAUCAUUUGAUUCAAAACUUAUCCAUUGCACCACGCGCGAGACAAAAUGCCAUUUCUUCAGCAUGCUUUGGACAAUCAGGUGGAGAAACUUGCUUUGGAGCAGGUGGUGCCUGCUUUGCUGGACAGGGGCUUCUUUUACGUCGACCAUUUUUUGGGGAACAUCGCGGGACAAAUGGUAUUGGGUCAGGUCAAGCGCAUGCACGAAUGCGGGCUCCUCAAUGACGGACAGCUCGCGGGUCGAAGAAACGGAGUUUGCAGGAGGAACAUCAGAGGAGAUAAAAUAACGUGGGUUAACGGGAACGAGAGAGGCACAGAGGCAGUCAAUUUCUUAUUGACACUCAUUGAUAAGUUGAUAUCUUCAUGCGUCGGUCGACUGGGGAAAAGUAUUUGUGCUAGAUCAAAGGCGAUGGUGGCUUGUUAUCCAGGAAACGGAGCAGGAUAUGUGAAACAUGUAGAUAAUCCCAACGCAGACGGUCGCUGUGUUACCUGUAUUUACUAUCUGAACAAAAACUGGAACGCCAAGGAGCACGGGGGAAUACUAAGGAUAUUUCCUGAAGGGAAGGCUUACGUGGCUGACGUUGAACCUCUGUUUGAUCGACUUCUGCUUUUCUGGUCAGAUCGAAGGAACCCUCAUGAGGUUCAGCCAUCAUAUGCUACAAGGUAUGCGAUCACAGUGUGGUACUUUGAUUCAGAGGAAAGAGCUGAAGCUAAAAGGAAAUUCAGAGACCUGACAGCCUCCACACAGGAAAGAUCGUCAUCUUAACAUAGAGACACACUAGUCUGUUUCCUCCAAGAGGAUUUGUUUGUUUUCUUUUAUUAUUUUGCUUAUUUUUCUGAUGGUUUUUGCACUAAAGGUACUCCUCACAACCUGUGAUUUACUUGCUUUUGAAUACAGUCCUUACAAUCAGAGAAGAGUCCUUUUAGUAGCACGCUGCUAAUGUAAAGAAAAUUUUGUAAACAAUGUUAAAUUUUAAUACAUAUAGUUAAUCAACUAUUAGAUGUUUAUUGUGAAGUUUUUCUUAAAAAAUAUAUACAUAUUGCAAAAGAUACACUUUUUAAAUAAAAACGAAUAUACUAGCGCUUUAAAAAAAUAUAUUCUAGUUAUUUUUUGUUCAGAAUAUGUAUCGACAAGCAUUAUACAUAUUUUAAUUUCUUUGAUCGUCCAUUUUGUGGUUGUUGUAGUUUUUAUAUUUUUGUGUUUUUGCAUUGUGGUCACUGGCACAUAUUUUAUGUGAAUUUAUCAUUACUUUAUAUGCAUUAUUGUUUGAUGUAGCGUGCAACAUGUUUAUGAAAGAGUGUUGGUAAAGCAUUACAGAUAUACAGUUAUGUUCCCUAAAGCACUUGAAAAGUUAUGUUAUGUUAUGUUAUGUUCCCUUUUACUUUUUUUUAAGUCCUAGUGUGGGUUUAGAGAAUUUGAUCAGCUUGCAUGCGGGUCAGCAAUGCUGAGCAAACACACAACUGAAUGAAUGUUGUUGAGAAAUGUUAUUUGUUUCAUGAAACUUACAGUGGUAAUGCAACACAAGUCGUUUGGGAAAAUCUCGGUUCAUGUACUGUACACCAAUGAAGACGUUCUACAGUUCUUCAGAUGGCCAAAUUUAACACAAGAGAGUCCUGAAUUGUUUAUACUGUAUUGUUUCAGUAAUAAAGUAUUUCCUUUGGCGAAAUCGUA